GCCACACUGAGCCCAAAGAAAAACAAUAAUAGUGGAUUUAGACACAACAAAUAAAAGAAAAAAGAGAAUUCGAAAUGCACGAUUUUUUGCCGUCGAUGGAUGUUCUCUUCCUUGGAUUACCGGGUCACUACUCGGUAGCUCUAAUCACGCUUCUCCUGUGCGUUUUGAUUGCUUUCUACUUCGCCAACAUCUUCAAGGACAAGGGAGAACUGGAAGACGAAGGUUUGGGGGCCGACGAGCCGCGCGAUGAGGAGGAUUUAGAGUCGAAGGCUCCACAAGGAGAGGAAACCGAUGACGACGAGGCCUACGAAGAGAACUCCACCGACAGCGAAGUAGAGCUUAUCGAGGAACAGCUGCCCGGGCACAACUACAACCACCUGAUGGGCCAGCUCAAAGCCAAAAGGUUCCAGCACAAAAUGGAGAAGACUUUAACUCCCAGCCAAAUCGAGGAGGAGUGCCGAAUAGAGCGGGAGCAGCUGGCGGCCAUCUUUGAGCUCCUGCGCAAACAGGAGGCGGAAUUAAACCUCCAGGACCGCAUAAGCGACCAGGAUCUCAAGCAGCAGGUGCGGCUCUAUCGCUGAAGUGGCACAAGCCUAAGCUCAUCCUACCUAAAUGUGCAGGAUUGUGUGAUCUAUAAGUUAAAUGUUUAAAAUCCAAGGCUUUGCUGUUGCCAUAUCUGGGCCACUUACUACGGGAAAGUCUUUAGCCAGAAAGCUAUAUUAUCAGUCGAUAACGUCGGCGUAUUGUUAUAUCAUAGUUUUAUGUAAAUUAUAUGUAUUCCAAUUCACUCUUUGUAUUCUGUGAGUUCCUAGAGUAAUUAAAUUUUGAAUUAUCA